AUGACCGUGAAAGUGGCCCUGAUAGCCCUGACCGUGUUGUGCCUAGCGUACCCCUCAGCGUCAGGCGGCCCUGCCUGCGAGGAGGCGGUGGAGAGGGUUCGGAACGGGACGGCGGCUGCCACGGGCGAUUUCAGACCGCUGGUGGAGCUCAGGGAAGCGAUCCUGCUCACACUCGGCUUCGGCCUGUUCGCAGGGCUCGUUGCGUACGUGUUCAACCUGGUGCGGAAGUACGUGUAUCACGACCAGGACGACCUGGACACAGCGUUCGACGCGGGGGGUCAGGUGUCGGUGGGUCUGACGGCCACCACCAUCGUGUCGCAGUGGACAUGGGCCGCCACGCUGCUGCAGUCCUGUACGGUGGCUAGUAAGUUCGGCAUCAGCGGCCCGUUCUGGUACGCCGCCGGAGCCUCCGUGCAGAUCAUCGUGUUCGCCAUCCUGUCUGUGGAGCUUAAGAUGAAGGCGCCGGGAGCCAAGACAUACCUACAGGUAAUUAAGGCCCGUUUUGGUGCGAAGGCGCACAUCGUGUACUGUGUGUUCGCCCUGCUGACUAACGUUUUAGUCACCACCAUGCUGAUGCUUGGCGGGAUCGCCUCCAUGACCAGCCUGGUCAACGGACUGACUACUGAGAUGGCGGCCAUCUGUCUGGCCGCUGUUAUAGGCACCUACACGCUGAUUGGCGGACUCGGUGCCACUUUCUACGUGUCCUACUUCAACACUGCGCUGAUCUUCGCCGUGCUCAUCACCAUCCUGUGGAAGGUGUAUUCGGACGGUGGUUCUGUCCAGCAGAACCCACUGGGUGACGUCAGGACCGUGUACGACCUUCUAACGUGCAGCAGCGGCCCGGCAGGCAACCAGGAGCAGAGUUACCUCACCUUCUUCUCAACUGGAGGUCUGAUGUUCGGUGUCAUCAACAUCAUCGGCAACUUUGGGGCUGUCUUCUGUGACCAGUCUUACUGGCAGAGCACCGUGGCUGCAAGACCACUAGAGGGCGUGUGGGGUUUUAUCUCCGGCGGGCUGACGUGGUUCGCCAUCCCCUUCUCCAUGGCGACCACCGUGGGGCUGGCGUACGUCGCGCUCGGCACGGUCAACGGGGAGGCUCUGCUGUCUGCUGAAGACGUGGACAAAGGUUUGGUGGCCCCUGUCGUUGUGCACCGGUUGAUGGGCCACGCAGGUCUGGUGGCCCCUGUAGUUGUACACCGGUUGAUGGGCCACGCGGGGCAGGUGAUUGUUGUCCUGAUGAUCCUGAUGGCUGUCAUGUCCACAGGCUCCGCCGAGAUCAUAGCCGUAACCUCCAUCAUCGUCUACGACAUCCUCAAGGACUACGUCUGCAUCUUCAGGAAGAACCUGUCAGACAGUGCCUGUACCCUGUGUGGGAAGAGACGAGCCCGGAUUUUUCGGCAGGCCGACAAGUGCCAGUGUAAGCCUGUGGCCAACUGCAAACUCUGCAAGGAGGAGGCCGCUAAGGGAGAGAAGCUAACCCAGGAGUACUGGUUGUACAGCUGUCCCACACACGGAGCGUACAGGAACUAUCUCAACCUGCUGCUCAGCAGGAAGAACUGGUACAUCGUGGUGGUGACGGCAGCAACUGUGCCACUGGUCCUGGUGGCAGAUUCUGUAGGACUGAACCUGGGUUGGCUGUACCUGUUCAUGGGUGUUCUGAUCGGGGCUGCAGUCAUCCCUAUCGGCAUGGCGUUGUUCUGGGCCCGCACCACGGCGGCGGGAAUGAUCGCCGGAGCGACGGUCGGCAGCGCGCUGGCACUGGUGUGCUGGUUAGCGGUGGCGGCAACCCUACCUGGUGGACUCAUGGGAGGCAACUUCAUCAAAAAUACUGGAGACCAGUUGAGCAUGAUCGUGGGUAACCUCGUGAGCAUCCUGUCGGGCGGGGCGGUAUGCGCGAUGGUCAGCCUGGGCGGCAGCUUCCGGGUACCGACCCAGGAGCUGGAGGAAGAGUGGGAGAAAACACGCAGCUUGGACAACCCGCUCAAACCCUGGGGACCGACAUAUCAGAGCGCCUACAAGAUGGAGUCGGCGAACAAGCUGAACGACCGGCCGACGUUUGCGGAGGUUCGGCGGUACUGCAGGAAGCCUCGCAUCACAGCCCUCGCGGCGGGAAUCGGCAUCAGCCUGGUACUGGUCAUCCUCUGGCCGGCAGGCAUGUUAGCGGUUGGAGUUAUGAACGGAGAUCAGUUCCAGCACUGGGUGAACGUGUCCCAGUCCUGGGCCUACAUCGCGGCCGCUUUCCUCAUCGCCGUACCACUCGUCCAGGAGAUUGUAUCCGUCCGCCGGCAAUACGUCACCAACAAGUCAGCAGUGGACUGCGCAAAUGAAGAUCCGGUAGAGGAAGAGGACAACAAGACGGUUGGCAUCAGCUACAUCGAAGAAACUAGUCCAAACCCUCAACAACCCGCAGUCGACGGUCUUAAAGAUGCUGAAGGUCCCGGACAAGACAGCGAUGCUCAAGUGCUCGUUAAGAAGAACGCGCCGCAAGAGGUUGGAGACGGCCGUUGUCUGGAAGACGUUUUAUAAGAAAGUUGAUUUUAAGAUUUCAUCUCAGUAAUAAGAAUGCUACGCUUCCAGGAUUGAAACCGUCCUUUGAGAAAACGUGAAUAAAAAGUGGAGACACGAAUUGCAAGAAAAAGUAGACACAUGAAUUGCAAUAAAACGUGGA